AUGGUUGUGAUUCCGCUACUGCUUGACCUACACGACUUCCAAGAUGUGAUGCGCAACAUCAGCGUUCCGAUCCGGCUGCUGGUGUUGGUGCAGAACGGCCGCGAGCCGCAGCUGUCUUCGUUCCUGGAUGAGGUAGAGGGCGCGUACGGGUGGUCUGGGCGCCUCGUGGUGCGGCGCUGCCCGGAGAAUAUUGGGUACAGUGGCGCCGUNAGUUUUGGGCUGCGUCUGGCGAUGUCGCUUCCCCGCGAGAAGAUGCCUUUCGUGUUUGUAACGAACAGUGACGUGACGCUCUCCCCCGACCUGCUUCCGCGCCUGCUGCACGAUGCGGCACGCAUGGACGAGCUGGCGGCGGAGGUGGCCGAUGAGACGAGUAGUUGCUGGCUUUUCUGCCAGCACUAUUGGCUGCUGUGGGAAAAAAAAAAGAAACGCUACCCCGCGUGUGGUGAGGGCGCUGACCACGCCGCCCGGCUUCGCGCGCCUCUGGGUUGGAGCUGCACAGUUUCUGCUUGUACGGAGCGCUCGUGGACCGCGUUGAGGUUGAAACGCCGCACGGCAUCAGGGAGUGCGUGUCCGGGAUCGUGUUUGUGCGGUUGGUCAUCUCUGCGGGGUCGACGGGAAAUAUGUGUAUGUGCUGUUGAGGCGUCGCUGCACCAGCGUCUGAAGGAUCCUGUUGCAUUGCAGCUUUUCCCCGUGGACUUUUCAAUGAAAGCCGAUACAGACGUGAUGGACGCGUUGCUGUGCACAGAGAAUCUGUAUUUCAGAGAUUCUGUUUUUUGUGGUACAAGAAGACGGGUAAAGUGUGCAGGUUUAAUGUAG